UCACGUCGCACAAACUUUGGGCAUUUUGCGCAGAAUCUGACCAAGUAGCCAAUGAAAUGUUCAGAAUGUGCGUCGAUUGGAAUGACGAAGGCGCGUCUUCCUGAACGCACCGACACGUUCAGCGCGCUGGCUGCCGGGUGCGCUGUUCUUUGUUUCCAAUCCGGACCGUGCGAAACGCAAACUCCUCGUUUAUCAAGACAUGGAGAUUUCAAGUUACAGUAUGUGUACUGGCCUCGCUGAAUGUAACUCCUAUCCAGUCAGCUAAACACUCAUCCAAAUGAUCCUCCAAGAGACAGGGUGUAUCUUUAGAGGCUUUACUCGGAUAAAAGUGUGAAACUGGAAAUACAAAUCGCAAAUGCGUACUCAGGUAAGUAUACAGUACAUAUUCACAACAAUGUAAGUAAUAUUCACUCACAUGACCCUGCCUAAAUGCAGUAAAAUACCACAGGAAACUACAGACCAAACAGGUGAGUUUAAAGGAAGUAUUGCUAUAGCUGGUACUAAAUAGAGCUAGCUGGCUAACUUGCUGCUUAACAGAUGCAGCUUACAUGCUAAAUAACAUCAAUAAUAAACAUCUUAUUAAACACAUGUCAAAAUAAUGACUUCAUUCAGAAAUAAUGUUAAUAUCAAUGCUAUCUGUGUAAAUAAUAAACGUUCUUACAGAUAUUGCCUUCUUAGGAACUAUACCGUGAGGAUGACACAGGAUUGCAGCCUAACAUUGCACAACACUAGCCUCAUGUAUAAACAGUAAAUGUCUGAACUUCUUGUUUCUCACUUCCUAUAAUCUAACAUAACACAGGAAGUAGUUGCUUUCCUGGCGAAUAAUAUGAAUUGCCACUAGGUGGCACUAAAAAUUUAAAGCAGGUCCGGAACAGUAUGUGUGAAAUUGUAUAGAAUUUAAAAUCUCCAGCUUAUAAACUGAAUAGCUUAAUAUGCUGAUGAACAAAUUGUUAGUUCAAUUCAGUGUUCAUUUAAUUAACUGAGACAACUGAAAACAUUUUCCUGUUUAUAACCAACAGCUGGCUUCCUGUCUGAAGCUCCACCUCAUACGGAGCACGCAGUUGAUGCAAACUUUACUUCCAGGAUACAGGAAAAAUCUAGUGCAAACUUUGCCUGGAACACGACCUGAUGCCAUGGAUCGUGUGAAGAUGGAAUCUGUCCCCACUAAAGAGGAGGUUCCUGAACUGGUCCCCAUUAGACUGGAGUUCUCUGGACUGGCUUCCCUCCCCAUUAAACAGGAGCCCUGUGAGAUCUUGCCAUGCGACACCAUCAGGACAGAGGUGUUGUCUGCUGGGAUUAAAGCUGAGUGCAAUGAACUGGAGAUCUCCCAGACAAAAGAAUUAUUUCCCAUUAAAGUAGAGGUGCUGGAAAUUGAAGAUUUUAAACAGGAGCCCCUGAAAGUGGAGUUUGAAUGCUUGGAACCAGGGAGGGAAGAAUGUGAGGACUUGAAAGCAGCCCCCCCUGAGCUGGGUCCUGUAUGCAGGUGGGAGUGUAGAGGAGGGGUGCUGGAGAGAAUCUGUGUGAGAGAGCAAGGCGCUGGAGAGGAAGGCUUUCACAACAGCAAGGAAGGAGGUGGAGAGGAAGAUGAGGGGAGCUGGCAUUCAGAGUGCAGUCCAGCAGGGUCCAGUUCAGCAGCUAAAGUGAAGGUGGGCAAUGGAGAACAUUCUGAUUGUGGGAAAGGUGUUGCCCAGUUUAGGGAUUUAAAAAUGCUCCAGCAAACUCACAGAGGACAGAAACCGCAUUGCUGCUUUGACUGUGGGAAGAGUUUCAGUCAUUCAAGGGACCUUGCUUCACAUCAGCGAAUUCACACAGGAGAGAAACCUUAUCACUGCUCUUACUGUGGGAAGAGUUUCAGAAUGUCAGGACACCUGAUUUCACACCAGAGAAUUCAUACAGGAGAGAAGCCCUAUCACUGCUCUGACUGUGGGAUGAGUUUCAGUCGGACAGGACAUCUUCAAAGACACCAGCGGAGUCACACAGGAGAGAAACCAUAUCGCUGCUUUGACUGUGGGAAAAGUUUUAUUGAGUCAGGAUCUCUUGUAAGACACCGGCGAAUUCACACAGGAGAAAAACCAUAUUGCUGCCUUGACUGUGGGAAGUGUUUCAAUCGCUCUGGAUCUCUUAUUUUACACCAGCUAAUUCACACACGAGAGAAACUGUAUUGCUGCUCUGACUGUGGGAAGAGUUUCAUUCGCUCAGAAUCCCUUGUAGCACACCAGCGAAUUCACACAGGAGAAAAACCGUAUCACUGCUCCGACUGUGGGAAGAGUUUCAGACGCUCAGAAUCCCUCGUAACACACCAGCAAAUUCACACAGGAGAGAAACCAUAUAGCUGCUCUGACUGUGGGAAGAAUUUCAGUGUGUUAGGAUCCCUUGUAACACACCAGCGAAUUCACACAAGAGAGAAACCAUAUUGCUGCUCUGACUGUGGGAAGAGUUUAAAGGAGUUGGGAUCACUUGUAAAACACCAGCAAGUUCACACAGGAGAGAAACUGUAUAGCUGCUCUGACUGUGGGAAGAGUUUCAGUCAGUUAGGACACCUUAUUCCACACCAACAAAUUCACACAGGAAAGAAACCGUAUAACUGCUCUGACUGUGGGAAGAGUUUCAAUCGGUUAGGACAUCUUGAAAGACACCAGCGAAGUCACACAGGAGAGAAACCAUAUCGCUGCUCUGAGUGUGGGAAGAGUUUCAGUGAAUCAGGAACUCUUGCAAGACACCGGCGAAUUCACACAGGAGAAAAACCGUAUAGCUGCUCUGACUGUGGGGAGAGUUUUAGUCGCUCAGAACCCCUUGUAACACACCAGCGAAUUCACACAGGAGAAAAAAAGUAUCGCUGCUCAACCUGUGGGAGGUGUUUUAGUCAGUCAGGAGACCUUGAUUUGCACACCUUGAUUUUUCAUAACGGAGGGAACUCCCAUCCUCCCCCUGUAUCCCCUCCUACUCCCCUUCCCUCCCAUUUGAGUUUUUAAUGACAAUUCUGAAGUCUAAACUGUAAUGGUGUGAUCCUUUUUGUUUCAAUUGGACCGUCCAACAUAUUCAUUUUGUUGCAAUUGCAAAAACAGACAAAUGGCAUGCCUGAAACUAUUUUAGUUUUCUGGGAUGAUUCAAUAGUUUAAAGUAUAAAGAUGACCGCUGGUUCAAAUCCAGGCUAUGCCAUCGGUUGGGAGUUCCCAGGGGGCUCUGCACAGUUGGCUGAGCAUCGCCUGGGUGGGUGGGUUUUAUGUUGGCAGGGUAAUCCUUGUCUCGCUGCGCACCAGCAACUCCUGUGGCGGCUGGACGUCUUUAAAGCUGGGUCAGUGGAACUGCAUUUUCUAUGACGUGACGGUUCUGGUUGGCUUUGCUGAUGGCUUGCAGUGUGAAAAGAGGGGGUUGACUGACAGCAUGCAUUUCGGAGGGCGCGCAUGAUGAGUCUUCAUCACUCCCGAGUCGAAACGGGAAGUUGCAGCGUUGAAACAAGGUUUUAAAAACAAUUUGAUAUUCCAAAUUGGGAGAAAAUGUGGUAAAAUUAAUUGCCAAUUCCAAUUUUAUUUUUUAAAAAAAAGAGGAAGUUGUAAUUUUUGUUUCUUACUUUACCUAAUCCUCUUUGUUUCGAGUGGAACACGAGGCCACAGCUUGUUCUGCUUCAUCCCGUGUUAGAUUGAUGACUCUCAGCUCUGGUGUGAUUGUUCUCUAACGAUGUGCAGUUCAUGAACAAUUUGUUCCUUUUGACCAAAUCAUUAUGGUGAAUCAUAGGAAUAGGGUCAGUGUCCCCUUUGAAUCACUUCUUUUGAUUCACCCUAUGAGAGAUUUGCAUGUGUCACAGAGUUACUGUGCGCAGUUCAUGAACGAGUUGGUCUUUCCUGUUCAAAUAACCCGUAUUAACCCCUUUCAGACUGAGAAUUCUAUUCAUUUUGAGGGCCAACUGACAGGACUAGACCUGUAUUAACUCUGGAGUGAUGAAGACUAUAUCAUGCGCGUCCUCCGUAACUCAUGCUGUCAGUCGACCUCCAGACCUGUCGCGUCGGAGGAAAUGCAGUUCCACCAGCAAAUCGCAGCCAACUCGCAGGUGCCCGGCUGCCACAUGAGUCACUGGUGCCGGGUGAGACAAGGAUUGCCCUGCUGACCUAAGCCCUCCAAACCAGGCACCGCUCGGCCAAUUGUGUGCCGCUCCCUCUAGACUCCCAGCCACAGUCGGUGAUGGCAUAGCCUGGAUUUGAACCAGCAAUCUCCAGGAUAUUGGGCACAUAUUUUUUAUGUUCAAAUUCUGAUAUUUGAUUUUCAGGUUUAUUCAUUUAUAAUGGGUUUUAGCAAACUAAAGGCAAGUGUACAUUCAGUAUUUGUUGCAUAAAUGAAUGAAAACGAUAAUAUUUUCAGAUAUUCAGCAUUGGACUUCACAAAAAUAUAUUGUCCAAUAUAUUUGCAUAUUUUUUCAAAAGCUAGAGGUUCAAAAUUAUGGACAGCAAUAUUUUGCAAAAUCUAGCACUGAUAGUCUUACAAUGUAUCAUGUUUGCAUGGAUUUAUAGAAAAAUAAGAAUGUUUUGCCUUUUUUUGUUGCUAAAACCAUUUUUUGUUACAUUGAAUGAGGGGUGUGAAUAGUCCUAGAGGCAGCUGUAUAUCUCCCAUAUUUGACAGCAGGAAGUGUGUCUCUGAUCUGCCUCCCCUGAUUCACAGGGGCGGCACAGCCUGUCCUCUCUGGCUGCCCAGCUCUUCCUGUGUCAGCCUUCAGUUUCAAUGGCUCAGCAGUACUUUAACAUUUUGUCUUUUGUGUUUAUAAUUUUGAUUAAAUAAUCUGCUAAUUAGAAUUUUAUUUUCAGGGCCGGAUAACAUUCUAAUUUGUUUUUGGAUGUAAUAUAAUUUAUAUAUAAAUAUAAUUUUCCCAAUUUUCAAUGUAAAAAUUAAUUUUUUUAGAUUUGUGUCAGUUUGUUGUAUUUUGCUCAGUGUCACAGUGUGGCAAUGCUAGUGUGAGCUGCUGGCCGGGGUUCUGUCUGUGGGGAGAGCUUGUUGCUAUUCAGUGCUUUAUAAUGAUAGCUCUGUGUGUCGGCCUGAUUCAGAUGGGCCCACAAUUUGGCUGCUCUCUUCUGGAUUGGGAUUAUUAAGGGGAAAACUCCCAGUUCAGCUCUGCACACAUUAUUUGAGGUGCAUCUGUGGACUUGUAGGAUAUUUUUACAAAACUCCAUGUGGAGUGUCUUGGUUGGACAGCUACUCGCUGCCACAGGGGUCGCUGGUGCGCAAUGAGACAGGGAUUACCCUGCCGACCUAAUCCCUCCCAACCCGGGCGGCGCUCGGCCAAUUGUGCACCGCCCCCUCGAGACUCUCGUCCACGAUCGACGAUGGCAUAGCCUGGAUUCGAACUGCCGAUCUCCAGGCUAUAGGGCGCUUCCGCACUUCCGGUGAAAUGCCUUAGCUGGAUGUGCCACUUGGGAGCCCCCAUGCACUAAUUGUGAGACCCACAAUUUUAUUUUGCGGUUAUUUUCAGUUUUGACUGCAUGAAUAUGCAUUCCAGAAUAUUGGCAGUGCGUGCCUGUUUUGACUGUAUGUAUUCUCAUAUGUUCAGAAAUGUGUUUCUAAUUGCAUAUUCUUUUUUUCCCCCCUUUGCUACACUUUGCUUGUUGUUGAGUACCGUCUCUAAGUGGAUGCUUGUCAAGGAAAUCUAUACAAUUUUCAUUUUGCCAAGACACCACAAUAAGUUUGAGUGUGGAUUGUUCAUGUGUGCUUGCUCUGAAACCCCUUAUAUUUAGUUUCUGAAUGCAUAUACUGUGUGUGUAUUUUUUUAUAUAUAUAUAUAUAUAUAUAUAUAAUAUAUCUUUCUCUUUUGCAAUACUCUCUAGAAUGCUGUGUGGAUGGUUGAAUGGAUGCUUAGAAAUGUAGAUUUCGGACUGCAUAUUUCUUAGUCUACUACACUGUUGAAUAGUGUUUGAGUAGCAUGCUUGUUUUUGAGUGUAUAUAGGCCUGUAUAUGUGACUCCCUAUUAAGAUUCCCACCUUAACUAGUUGUAUAUAGCUUUCUAGAAGUGAAAUGACUUAACCUUACAGUUGCCGCUUCCAGCAUUGUUAAUUGGGUUAAACAUUGAAUUCUAAAUGACACUUUGCUUUAGUUAUUUUUAAUUUUGUUUUCUUUCGUGGUCAUUUACACGCUUGAUUUCUGUUUAGUUCAGGGUUAAAUCAUAAACCAGAAAAAUGUUUUUCAGAGGUCCAGCCUCUACCUGCAAAUAAACUCUUUGGAAGUC